AGAGAAAAUAAAGAAAGAACCAUGGAGGAGUAGACCCUUGUUUCACAGAGUGUUUGGCUAGCUGGUUACGUAAAGCUGAUGGUGUGGAGACUCCAACAAUAGAUACACUGAUAGCUGCUCUUAGAGGAAUAGGAGAGAAUGCUGUAGCUGAUGGUAUUGACACAGAAAAACAAAAUCUAUUUAUUGCUAUGUCAAGAAGUGACGUUUCAUUAGCCACACCCCAAACACUGCCUACAACUGAAAGUGUUCGUAAACUUGAGCGCAUAGUUGAUCAAGUUGAUGAUUUGCAAGACACUGCUAAUGAAUUACAUGGAAAAUAUGUUUCGCUUGCUCUUGCAGUGAGAAAGUCACUUGAAAGUCAUUCCAUUGAUGUAGAAGAUGCAAAGUUUUUGAUAAAGGAAUGUUUAAAGAGAAAAGCUAGUGUUGUUCCUGAAUUAAUGCCCUGCAUUGAUAUUCUCAAGAAGGUCAAUGAUUUUAAAAGCUUUUUUGAUUUUCUAAGUGAUUAUGAUUUCAUUGGUUACCUCAAUUACAAGCUAUUGAAGAAACUCAUUAUUGAAUUUGCUAAGAAUGAUGAUGAGAUUAACCGGCAUUUACUUGAAUAUGAAAAAGAAUAUGCUAAAUUGUUGAGUGCAGCUUCCUUUAAUGAUUUGAUACCUUUAUUUGAAAAACAAUCUGAUCUAUCUCCUACUGCUCCUCUUGGCUUACCUUACAUUUCUUUUCGUCUUGAGAAGCCUUGGUUACUCACUUGUGUUUAUACAUGGGUAUCGACCUUUGGUGAAUUCUCAUGGUCAUCUGAUGCGAUUCUAAAACAAUUAAGGAAGAACUGUAUUAUCAUCACUUAUGCUAUACUGCCAUGUGUUCUUGAUGAUGUCAUGAGAGAUCUCAAGGAUCUAGUGAUAUUGAAAAAGCUAGAGGACAAUGAUAUUAGAGUAGUUGAAUUACCACAAGAAGAGGGAGAUUGAAUCCACUGCCGCUAAAAUAGAACCAAAGGUUGAUGCUUCUUCAAUCAUGCAGACCACAUCAUUGGAGGGAAAAAUUUCCACCACAAGCACUACUU